GCUGCGUCUCGUGAUCCAGGUGUACCGAGCGAGCAGAGGGUGAGCUGUGAGGGGCAUCGGGCGCAGAUCAAACUGAGAUUGACAAUCUUUCCUUGGAGAGGGGGAAAGAGGUUAUUCACUACAAUGCGUUUGGUUAUUCUGGAUGACUAUGACAAGGCCAGUGAAUGGGCAGCUAGUUACAUCUGCAAUUCCAUUGUUCAAUUCAAGCCAGGCCCAGAUCGCUACUUCACUUUGGGUUUGCCUACAGGGAGCACACCUUCUGGAUGUUACAAAAAGCUGAUUGAAUAUUAUAAAAGUGGCCAUCUUUCAUUUAAAUAUGUGAAGACGUUUAACAUGGACGAAUAUGUUGCACUUCCAAGGGAUCAUCCAGAAAGUUACCAUUCCUAUAUGUGGAAUUCCUUUUUUAAACACAUCGACAUAGAUCCGAACAAUGCUCAUAUUCUUGACGGUAAUGCACCAGAUCUGCAAGCAGAGUGUGAUGCAUUUGAACAGAAAAUUGCUGAUGCCGGAGGAAUUCAGCUCUUUGUCGGAGGCAUUGGUCCUGAUGGGCAUAUUGCUUUCAAUGAACCCGGUUCUAGCCUGGUGUCAAGAACAAGGGUGAAAACAUUAGCCAAAGAGACCAUUCUUGCUAAUGCCAGAUUUUUUAAUGGUGAUCUGUCCAAAGUACCUACUAUGGCAUUAACCGUUGGUGUUGGAACAGUGAUGGAUGCUAAAGAGGUACUGAUUCUCAUCACAGGAGCUCACAAAGCAUUUGCAUUGUACAAGGCAAUAGAAGAGGGUGUCAAUCAUAUGUGGACCGUUUCUGCCUUCCAGCAGCACCCACGAACAAUCUUUGUUUGUGAUGAGGAUGCUACUUUGGAGCUUAAGGUUAAAACUGUGAAAUAUUUCCAAGGUUUAAUGCAUGUUCAUAAUAAACUUGUGAAGCCAUUGCACAGUAUGAAAAGUUACAAUGACUGAAGAAAGCAAGAGAAAACUUCCCAUAAUUCAGCUGACUGGAACCUGAAAAGGGAAUUGCUAAGUUGGAUUCUAUGCAACCUUUUUUUAUAUAUUGAAGAGUUAAUGUAAACUACACAGUGAUUGUGAAGUAAUUUAGUAACUGCUCUUGGGUAUUCAAAAAUUCUUUUGUUUUAUGACAGUGUUCUUAGUACUUGGGAGGCCAUAACCUAUGAAUGCUUAGCUGUUCAAGAUUAACUGCUACAAUGAAUAAGUUUAAGAAAAAAGCAAAGAUGGGAAUCAUCCACAGGCAGUCCCAAGGUUAUAUUUCUGAGAACUGUCUACAAGUCAAAAACUUGUUUACUGUAGCUACCCGUAUUAUAUCAGUGGACACAGAAUAAUACAGUAGAUACAGUAAUGAAGUGGAUAGGGAGCUGAGGAGGUAGAAGAUAGUGGAAAUGAGAAAGGUGCAGGUUGUUCAGUUUUCCUUAAGAUGACUGGAUGGAAUAUUGCUACCAUAUCCAUAAUGGACCAGUGUCUCGUUCAUACCUUUAAAGAAUCAUAAAAAAGGGGUCCAUUUUCUCAAAUCAUGACAUUGCCAACACAAUUUCACGGAAUGCAUUGUCAUUUUCUUAUUGUUGGAACAUUGUGAUUUUUUUUCAUCUGUUUCAUCUCUGCCACCUUUCGUGCUUCACAUUCCACCAGAUCAUCUUUUGAAAGUUCAGCUUCAUGACACUCUCAGCAUCAAUUUCCACUUCAGGCUGUUUGGCAAGCUUCUCAAUCUGUCAUCUUGUAAGUUUCAUCUUUCUGGAAACCUUUUAAAGCUGUCUACAAACUGGAGGCACAGCUUAUUCCAUACCAUAUUCAAAAAAUAUUCAGUAACCCCUACUUAGGCCUCAUCAGUGUUCUGGAUGCCUUGAUAAAUGUUUUAUCAUUUGUAAAUAUCCAGUCAAUCUUUCUGAUAGCAAAGAUUCUACCAAGAUGAUAAAAGCUUGGAAGCUUUUAUCAAAAGCUCACCACCCCUUCCCCACACCAUAGUAUAGACAAGUGAAGUUGUGUUUAAUGGAAGAAAUGUAACUUUUACAUUCCUGUGACAAUCUUGUGAAUGUGCUAGUGUCCAGGAGCAUUACUAACCACAGCAAAAUCUUGAAUGGGAUGUCCUAUUCUCUGCAGUAUUUGCUAUUUCAAGAAUAAUCGAUUCAUGGACCACCUCCCAAUUGCUAAUGGGACUCAACCCUUUGUAUUUGCAUGGAAAUUCAUUGGUAAGGUCACAUUGCUGAUAUGGUUAAAUACUCAUGGGUACUCCAAAUGGUAUUACCUCCAAGCAAAAGGAUGAGCUGAUUUUUUGCAUCCUCAAAACUAGGCAUUUUUCCCCCUCUUUGGAAAAGUAAAGUUCUAUCCCAGAUUAAAAAUUUGCUGUGCCAUGUAACCUCCAAUGUAUUUUUUUUUAGAUAUAUCAGGAAACAAUUCUGCCUUUCUAUCAGUAUUGACAGUCUUGCUACACACUUUCAUAUUUUGUGAAUCAGCACAAGUCUUGUCUAGUCAACAGACAAUGACUGGUGAUGAGAUCAGCAUCAUCAAAGUCUUAGGAAAAACUUCUGGCUUUUAUCUUGAAUCAGCUUUGGGCAAAGUGGAAUGCUCUCUCUUAAAUGUGAUCUUCCAGCUAUAAAGUAACUUCUUCAUCUCACAGCACCUGAUCACUGCUUUGUUAUCACAAUUGACUUUAAAGAUGCCAAAACUUUUACAUGUUCCUUUUCUAUAUUCCUUAUCUUUAAAUAGCUUUAAGUAUUGAGAUAGUGAGACAAAGCUUGUAUGAGAUGAAAUGAACUUUUCUGUCUCCUUCAUACUUGUACUGCUUUAAAUCAAUCACUUUACUCUUGUGAGAAGGACCAUUACUCUUGCUACUACUUUAUCACUUUAAUCUCAUUAUUACAAUGCAGAUAAAGUUGAUUAUUCUCAAUAUUAUGAGUCAAUGUGGCUGAUACCUGCAUUGUGCUACUAAUGUGACUGCAUAUAUAGACACUGCUUCCCACUUUUGUAUUCAUUUACAUUGCACUAGUUUUCAAUUUUAUAACUUUCCUAUCUAUGUUUAUUUUUUAAAAACUAUACCUGAGAAAAUUUGCUUGCAGUUUUCUGAAAGUCAUGUUAUCCAUUACCUGGGUAACUCCUGUACUUGCAAAGUACAAUUAUGUUUACAGAUUACUACAUAAAAGAUUCCAGAUUUCAAUUACCUCAGUAUUUUUUGCUUCCAUUCAGUACCUAGGAAUUAAAAUGUGCACACAAAGGACCAACAUGCUGAAGUAAAAGUUUCUGUUAUUGUAAGCUUCGUUAGCAUCUGUGGAAAUAUUAAAUGAGUAAUGUCUUCAUCUUCAUCUGCUGAGUUUUAGAAAGAAUGUAAUCAAAUUUCAAAAGCAUUUCAAUUGUUUUGAUUAUUUCACAAUCUAACCAACCCAAGAAAUACAAUUUUGUUUAUGUUUAUGGCUCUCCCCUAUUAAACAAUGGCACAUUGUUUACACAAUAUUAAGCAUUAAUAUUAAUAACAAAGUCAGAAAUUUCAUAUGUAGCUAAGUGGAUCAUAGAAUAUAUCUAUUUUGCAAAGUAACUGGGAAACUAUACUGCUGUGAUUUUAAACUUUUUCUGGUAUGAAUAUCCUGUUGCGCUUUUCAUGUUUAUUGUUUCACUACUUCAUGACAUGGUAUUAACCAGUACUUUGCUUUUCCUGUGUGUAUUUAGUAUUAUAAAGUGCAAUUAAUGAGAUCAUGUUGCAUUGUUUUAAUCAUGGGAAUUGUAGGGAAAAAAGUUAUCCUGGUUCUAUUUCUAUUGUUUAUAAAAAAAAUGUCUUCAGAAAUAUUAGUAGCUUAAGUGUUUACUUGCAAAAGUAUUAUUGCAAAAAAUCCUAAUUUAGAAUAUUUCACACAUUUAAUUAAAUGCUAUGGCUAUUUGAUUCCCAAAAGGUGCAUAAAUUGUACAGGAUACAAAUGCUGCACUAAUUGCUGCUUCAUGAUGUUGUAGAUCUGCAUGUUAAAUUUUCAUUUAUAUUAGCAGCUUUACCUGGAUGUCAAAGUUGUGUAUCAAAACACAGUAGCUUUAUGCCUUAAUCUAAAUAACCUUAACUGAUUUAUGUAUGAUCUCAAAGACCUUUUCAAUAACAUUUGUUCUGUACUCUUACAUUAAAUUCUUGCUGGAA